CUGCCACGUCAUACAAAAGUGCUCACCGCGCUAGGCGGAAACAGCAGCCAAAAACACCCACGCUGUUCAUCUUAAUGAUGUAGCCCUGCCUCAUUCAGACCUAGUAGAUUAGCUACCCGGUUGGCACUGUGCGUUACCUCAGUCUGGGAAUUCAGCUGGACCGUCUCUUCCUGUGUGGCUCUUUUACUGCAGAGAUUGUGGAAUGCUGCUGGACGAGACUCCACUUUUUGAGCCCUCUCUGCUUAAGGAGUUAGACUGGAGUAGCAACUCUGUCUCCUUCUCUCCUCCCAUCUCCCCGUCCAGCCCAGGAGAAGGCCUGGUGCUCAGGCCGCUCUGUGUGGCAGACUUCAACAGAGGAUUCUUCAAGGUUUUAUCUCAACUCACCCAGACAGGUGAUGUCACACCAGAGCAAUUCACAAAAAAGUUUGAGCAUAUGAAGAAGACAGGAGACUACUAUGUCGUGGUGGUGGAGGAUACAAAUCUGAGACAGAUUGUUGCUACGGCUACGCUGAUCACAGAACACAAAUUCAUCCACUCUUGUGCUAAGAGAGGCCGGGUGGAGGAGGUAGUAGUCAGUGAUGUUUGCAGAGGGAAGCAGCUGGGCAAACUGUUAGUUUCAACUCUUACUCUUCUCAGCAAAAAACUGGAUUGCUAUAAAAUCACACUGGAAUGCGCACCCAAAAAUGUGGCUUUCUACCAAAAGUUUGGUUACGCUGCUUCAGAUGAGACCUACAUGCAGUGUCGAUUCUUCGACUGAGGACGACUGCAGCCUUAAACCUCCAUUUUUUGGGUGGGGGGUGAACCAUAUCUUUAUACACACACGGCCAUCAAAACUUGCAAUGACAAAAUGUCUUAAGAACUUCGGGAGACGCCUGAGCAUGAGUUUGUGGUUGUGAAGCCACUGAGUCAUUUCUGAACGCUCAUCCUGAUUUCAGCACAUUUUUAGUAAACAUGAAUGUAUGUUGAAGCCCUCGGCUCAGUCUAACAUCAUCCUCCGCCCAUUUGGUAACCAUGGCUACCUCACCAGGGUGGAGCUCUGAUGUCAUCUUCCUCACCAUCUGCAGAGAUGAAUGCCAGUUACUGUACAUGCAAUGUCUUACUGUGUUACACUGCUAUGAAGUAAUUUGCUGUGUACUGACAGAGAAAAUACAUAUAUCUGUGAUUACCAUGCAGCUGUAAGUAAAUACAAUUGCUUGCAAAAACAAGAUGGUACCAAAUUAACAUAUAUUUCUGAAGGAACUAAAUAAUUAAAAAUAAUUUACUACAGGCCACAGCUUCUCAAGGUCACUACAAAACCAAUUACUGUAGAUCAUGAUUCAGACAUAGUCUUCACACAUUGAUCAUCAAGGGCAAGUCACCAAAGAAUCAUAACUUUAAAAAAAAAAUGUGAUUAGGAAAUUACUUUUCUACAACACUGUGUUUUACUUUGGUUUCAUUUUUCUUAACAGUCCUCUCGGUACAAAGUGCUCGCUCUUUCUGUCCCUCAGAUGACUUUUCUUUCACUGAUGGUUGUGUUGCUGGAUUACUGUAAUGAAGGUUUGAAUAUCACAAGAUGUGAAGCAUCAAGUCAAGACUGUUAUAAUGAAAAACAUUUCCAGUGAACAAAAAAUAUUUUGUAAGGCUGUAGAAAGGAACUAAUGGAAGGUUUUUUAAGUUUUGUAUCUGGUUGAUGUUCACAAUCACUAUUUGGAAAGGAACAUUUUAUGAUGGGAAAUGGGGAACAGUGAUUUUUGUAAACAAACUCUUAUUUAAGCUUUUGUAGUUAAGUUUUAUAAUUAUGCUGUUAUUGUGGAGAACAGGGGUACAUAUUUAAUGUAAUUUAUUUUCAAAUAUGUAAUAGUCAAAUAAAAUAUUCUAUGAUCUACAGUA